GCCCGGCCCCGGUCCCGGCCCGGUCAUGGCGGCCCGGCGGCUCCGCGGCGCCCUCCAGCUCGGGGCGCGGCAGCGCCUGCGGGCCGCGGCGGCCCCGCCCGGCAGGCACACGGCCCCGUGCGGGCUCCGGCUCUCCCGGCCGGGCCGGCCGUGCCCCAUGGCCGGGGAGCCCCGAGCCCAGCCCAGCCGGGGCUUCCUCAACCUCACCAACAAGCGCAAGGAGUACUCGGAGCGCCGCAUCAUCGGGUACUCCAUGCAGGAGAUGUACGACGUGGUGGCCAACGUGGAGGACUACAAGAACUUCGUGCCCUGGUGCAAGAAGUCCGUGGUGGUGUCGCGGCGCUCGGGCCACGUCAAGGCGCAGCUGGAGGUGGGGUUCCCACCCGUGCUGGAGCGCUACACCUCCAUCGUCACCCUGGUGCGGCCCCACCUCGUCAAGGCCGUCUGCACCGACGGGCGCCUCUUCAACCACCUGGAGACCAACUGGCGCUUCAGCCCCGGCAUCCCCGGCUACCCCCGCACCAGCACCGUGGAUUUCUCGAUCUCCUUCGAGUUCCGCUCCCUGCUGCACUCCCAGCUGGCCACCGUGUUCUUCGAUGAGGUGGUCAAGCAGAUGGUGGCCGCCUUCGAGCGCCGCGCGGCCAAGAACUUCGGGCCCGAGACCCGCAUCCCCCGGGAGCUGAUGUUCCACGAGGUGCACCAGACGUGAGGGCGGCCGGGCCGGGCACCCCCGGACUGUGCCCACCCCCCAGAAAUAUUUAUUCGAUAAAUGCGUUUGCGCUGCUGUUGCCUCAACGCCCCCCGGGGCUGCCGUGAGCCCCGGUCCCAGGAGCUGCGUCCCGGCGCUGGACUCCCUGGUUUUGCAGCUGAUUUGGGGUUUUAAUAUUUUAGUUCUUGUUUGUUUGGUUUUUUUUUUUUUUUUGGUUGCGUUUUUUUUUUCUUUUUCUUCUUCUUUUUUUUUUUUUUUUUUUUAACCCUUUUAUUUUUGGUUGCUUUGGUUGUUUUUAAACUCCUCGGCCAGGCCGGAGGGCCCCGGCGGGGGCAGCUCCGGUGCCUGGGCCCCGCCGUGCUCCGGGAGAGCCGGAGGAACGGGGUGGGGGGGUUUGGUGAGGGGGGGGGGGAAGCUGCUGGGACCCCCCCCCUCCGCUUCCUCCCCAGCUCUUCCAGGAAUAAAAGGGAAGGAGCCGGCGCAGGGAGGAGCCCCCCGAGCCGUCGCACACUUUGCACAAGCCACACGCACAGGGUGGGGAGGGGGCGGCUCCCGCUGCCCCCCCCCCGCUGCCCCCCACCCCAGCACCCUCCGCAGGGACCCACACGGUCCCGACCCCACCCCCAGCGCCCCCCCGGCCCCACUCGCGGUUCCUCACCUGUGGGGGGGGGGGGGGGGAUGGGAAGGCCUCAGUUUCCCCCCCACCCCCGCCGCCACCACGAAGCCCCCCCGGGGGGGUGAGGGGCUCCCCGAGCCCCCCGAGCCUGUCCUGGCCGUGCUGCCCGAGGAAGGGCGGGCUUUGCCAGGCCAAUAAAGAGAAUUUUCCAAGGGUCA